UAUUAACAGCGAGGUGGUGAGUUGACAGAAAGCUUCACGUGUAAACACACGAAAAGUGUUUGCGAGAGAGUGUUUAACACACUUAGAAAUGUACCCGAUGUGAAAUAUUCCGCGAAGUCUGCGAAGGUUGAGUCCCAUCUGGAUUUGAACACACACAGUGGGUAGAGAGGGAGAUCGCUAGCUGGUUGCCAUGGAGCUUGGUCUUGCUCUGGAGGAUGAGGAUCUGGGGGAAACUCGAGAUCGGAGUAAUGUCCCGAAACUCACAUCAUUCAACGCUAAAGUGUGUUUUCCACUGUGGUUUGAGACCGAGCUGGACCUGACAGAUGACCGUGUGUCCGAUAGCAACUCUCAGUUGCUGAAGUUCAGCGGAGACCAUCAGUAUCGCCAUGGCAACUUUGCAUCAGCAGCUGAGAUGUAUGCCAAGUCCAUCAAGGUACUGCCUGGACACGCACAGGCGACCAGACUUGACCUCCACCAGUCCUUGGCAAGAUGCUGUCUGAGACUGGGGCGAGUACAGGAGGCUGCAGACACCGCACAAUACUUGGUGGACACAGCUCAGAAUGUUGAUCAGAAGAAACAGAGUUACAUUCUUCAGUCUGAAGUUGCCAUAGCAACAAAAGACUGGCAAAAGGCUGAGAGUUGUCUCCACUUCCUGAUUGGCCAACAGCCCCACUACACUCACUUCUGGCUACAACUUGCUCAGGUUUACCAACAGGAGGUGCUACGUGACGACCACCAAGACACGCCAGUUGUAAAUCCCACCGACCAGGGGACACUCAAUGUCGGGGUGUGUGCUCGGAUGAAGUUGAUCACAUGCUACCUCAGGACAAAACUGCUUCUUCAGAGUGUGCAUCGUAGUGUGAGUGAGGUGAUUCGUCAACGUGAUCAAGUCCUUCUGCAGCAGAUGGAGGAGAAGCUGCAGGAGCUAGCGGUUUCUGAGGAGAUUAUGGCACGGGGUUCAGAGUUUCUGGGGAGGGACAUUCGCCUGGAGAAUUGGGAUGACAAUGAUGUGGAAAGCAACAAUCUCUACAAAACAUUCAAGCUUCCCGCAGGAGGUCGCGAUGACUUCAACAUCCGAUGGUUUGCUUGGUCCUCAGUUACCUCCUCUUCCCAAAAUGUCAACGUGAAGGUCAACACGUGACAACUCUUCCAAAAAUGUCCAGGUCUCAGAUUACAUUCCACGUAAUAUUGACCUUCACCUUAGCUCUGCAUCCACAGAGACCUUGGGUAUCACAUGACACCUGAAUGUCUAGGUCAUCUUGAGGCACACAAUGGGGAAGCCGUCACCCUUGUGUCGACUGACGAGGUCCAGCAUGGUCUGCUUCUUGUGCAGCGCCCGCGAGGACUCCAGCUCAUACAGAGUACACAAGUUGAAGAGGAUGCCCUCAUGAAGAUUGUUGGCGGGGUCCCGGUGGACAAGGGACUCUAGGGUAUUAAGGACGUCCUUAAGACGGCCCAGGUACAACGAGCACACCGCCAUGUUGUUAACAGCCUGCACAGAUAAGGGAAAUACAUCAUUAAAAUACAAUCAUGCCUUGGUA